AUGCUUAAUGUGUGUGUCUCCUAUAACCUGUGUCUUUCUUUUCCAGGCCUGGUCAAGCUGGGGAUCCACUGUGUCACAUGCCAGAAAGUUGCAAUUAAGAUUGUCAACCGAGAGAAACUCAGCGAGUCGGUACUAAUGAAGGUUGAGCGGGAAAUAGCGAUUCUGAAGCUCAUAGAACACCCUCACGUUUUAAAGCUGCACGACGUCUACGAAAAUAAGAAAUACUUGUAUCUGGUGUUGGAGCACGUCUCAGGGGGAGAGCUCUUUGACUACCUGGUAAAGAAGGGACGGUUAACACCCAAGGAGGCCAGGAAGUUCUUCAGACAGAUAAUCUCUGCGCUGGACUUCUGCCAUAUACACUCCAUAUGCCACAGAGAUUUGAAGCCAGAGAACCUGUUGUUAGAUGAGAAGAACAACAUCAGGGUAGCAGACUUUGGCAUGGCCUCUCUACAGGUCGGCGACAGUCUGCUGGAGACCAGCUGUGGAUCUCCGCACUAUGCAUGCCCAGAGGUUAUAAGGGGGGAGAAGUAUGACGGCAGAAAAGCAGACAUGUGGAGCUGUGGGGUCAUCCUCUUUGCCCUAUUGGUGGGUGCCCUUCCAUUUGAUGAUGACAAUCUGAGGAACCUGCUGGAGAAGGUGAAGCUGGGAGUGUUCCACAUGCCCCACUUCAUACCCCCAGACUGUCAGAACCUCCUCCGGGGCAUGAUCGAGGUAGACGCCACCAAACGGCUAACGAUUCACCUGAAGAAAACAUUUUCGGUCAGAACCCUCUGCGGUUUCUUCCAGGCCCACCAGACAGGGGGUAAGAAUGAACCCGAACCAGAGCAGCCUGUUCCCAGGAAGGUGGCUAUACGGAGACUGCCCUCUACAGACGACAUAGAUCCGGAUGUACUGGACAGCAUGCAUUCUCUGGGCUGCUUCAGAGACAAGAACAAACUGAUGAAGGACCUGCUCUCGGACGAAGAUAACCAGGAGAAGAUGAUCUACUUCCUGCUGUUGGACCGUAAGGAGAGGUACCCCAGCCACGAGGACCAGAACCUGCCGCCACGCAACGAGAUUGACCCCCCCAGGAAGCGUGUGGACUCCCCCAUGCUGAACCGCCAUGGCAAAAAGAGACCGGAGAGGAAGUCUAUGGAGGUGCUGAGUGUCACAGACGGAGGCUCCCCCGUACCCGCCAGGAGGGCCAUCGACAUGACACAGCACGGACAGAGGUACACAAACACACAGGAACAGAGGUCAAGGUCCAUAAGUGGAGCAUCUUCCGGUCUCUCCACUAGCCCUCUCAGCAGCCCACGGGUAAGUACCUCUCCCCAAUCCCCCCACUUCUCCCAGUCGCCAAACUCCAGCCCCUGCCCCUCCCCCGAGCCCCUUGCCCCCCACACCAACUGGACAGUUGCCCACCGCGCCCCCACCCCCAACUCCCUGGCCCCGGACAGCGGGCAGCUGCUACCACCCGACCCCAGAAACCAAACCCUCCCGGCCAAGCCCAAACUGCUGCCCAAGCCCAUUGCGUCCACCCACUCCAACCCCCUUCCGGAGACCCCCUCCCUCGGCCCAGUGAUGGCACCCCCCAAGUCGGAGACCUCUACCCCCUGCCAGCCCCCAUCCCCCUCCUCCUCUGCCACCUCUGUCACAUCUCUCAGAGUACCCCCGAGCAGCCCCAUGGGGCAGCGGUGCCCUGCUCUCACCACGCCCUCCCCCACAACCCCCCAGCUCUCUGUCACCCAUGCCCCCGACGCAGUGCCCCUCUCGCCCAUUCGAUGGCACCCCUUCCACCCAGUGGCGCCCUCGCCCACCCCCUCGCCCACACCCUCUCCCUCUCACUCGGGCACUGACUACGGUCCCAAAUCUAUCCCCCUCAUACAGGUUACCCCUCACCCAUCCCCCCGGGGCAGCCCCCUCCCCACCCCCAAGGGCACCCCUGUGCACACACCCAAGGAGAGCCCGGCGGGUACGCCCAACCCCACGCCGCCCCCCAGCCCAUCUAUCGGCGGCAUGCCCUGGAGGACACGCCUCAACUCCAUCAAGAACAGCUUCCUGGGCUCGCCGCGCUUUCACCGCAGGAAACUGCAAGUUCCCACACAAGAGGAGAUGUCCAGCCUCACACCAGAGUCUUCCCCAGAACUUGCCAAGAAAUCCUGGUUUGGUAACUUCAUCAACCUGGAUAAAGAAGAGCAGAUCUUUAUCUUGAUCAAAGACAAGCCUCUGAGCUCCAUCAAGGCUGACAUCGUCCAUGCCUUUCUCUCGAUCCCUAGUCUUAGCCACAGUGUGAUCAGCCAGACGAGUUUCCGGGCAGAGUACAAGUCCACAGCUGGCCCCACGGUCUUCCAGAAGCCAGUCAAGUUCCAGGUGGACAUCACCUACACAGAGAGCACGGCCGCCCCCAAGGAGAACGGCAUCUACUCUGUCACCUUUACCCUGCUCUCAGGACCCAGCCGGCGCUUCAAGCGGGUGGUAGAGACAAUUCAGGGCCAGUUGCUAAGCACACAUGACCAGCCGGGAGUUCAGCAGCUUUCUGAGGAGAAGAACGGCCAGGUGCCUCACCACCAAACCCCCGCUACCCCAACCACCCGACAUUGCUCCUCUUCCAUGCGAGAAGAUACAAAAUGUCCGCCCGCCACGGGCCGAGACAGAGUCAGGAUGGCGUCCAUUGGGACACCGGAGGAAUCCUAGACCAGGAAACUGUAGUAGCAGUAGAGCCAAAAUGUUAGUUAGAGCUAAGAUGAAGCAUUAAAGAUCCAAACCCGAGUAUCACUUUACCCAGUCUUAUCAGGGGUUUUGGAAAAGUGGUCAGAGACUUGACAAUGACAAAGCUAGCAGUACUGUAACUGGACUCAAUAUACUUUUUGUAUGAAGGAAUGACUGUGUACAUAUAGAGAAUUUGAAUCAAACAGAUAUUUUACCAAACCCACACACACACAAUCUCCCCUCAUCUUAACAUAACCCCCACACACACACACACACCUCACAUCACCCCAUCUAAGCGUCCGUGCCAUUUUGUGUGCUCCCCCUCCCCCACUCUUUCGAUCACAUAAUGGCACUGUUCGAAUACUUCAUAAAUACAUCCUUGAAGUAAUCACAGACCUGAAUUGGUUAGAUUGGUGAAAGUAGUAGGGUGGUAACCCCCUGCUUACAUCUAUCAAAUCACUGUGCUUACCUCAAGGAAACGAGGAAGGAAGGAUCCAUUUCUGUAUUCGUACAGGGCCAUUGUGUUCUCGCUCUUCUGCUCACCUGUGUGAUGACUUGACUUGUUUCUACUACCAGGAGUUAUCCAGAAAACCUAUUAGAUCCUCGUCCUGCCUCCCUGCUCCACUCCACCUAUCCUCUUUCUCCUUGGCCAUCACUUCAACCCCCCCCCCCCGUCUGCACACCAAGAGAUGGACAUUUGUUGACUGAGCUGGGGACCGCUUUUCAAGGGGCUUCCUUCGCUACCCCGAUCAGCAGUCCCCGAGGGAGAAAACAGCAAUCCAUAUCCCUCUGAUACACAAGCAUGUUAUACACAUACAAAUGCACACACACACUUUUAUUCCUUCACAGGUAUACACACACACACACACACACACACACACACACACACACACACACACACACACACCUUCCACCCGCCUACUAACCUCUCCUAUCCCCUCAUAUAAAUGGAGAUUAUUAAGCAUUUAACACCCAAACACACAAUCUCAUUACACAAAUAAAUACACGCUCCCCUUCUCACACACUAUCGCACAGUAUGCAUAGACAAACUCUGGGAUGUAAUAACAAAAUUGACAGAACAAUGAAGUGACCAAGAGGAGAAGCGAAGGAGGAUGAGUUUGUCGAUAUACUGUAGUAUCAACAGCCGACGCGGACGCUUGCUGGAUUGUAAUUGUUUCUCUUUUUAAAUGUACUUCCUCUUUCUUUGUGAAGAAACUGGAUUUAAAAAAUACUAAAUGGAUGUUUAUUAGACUCAAUACCAUUGCUGCAAAUUGACUGGAAUUUCUAUUUCAGAAAGCAAGGGGUGUAUGCAG